AUGCCACCGACCAAAGAUGGUAGAGUGACCAAAUCCAAAGCGCAGAAGGCCCAAACAUCCAUUCGGCGCGCAAAGUCCACCACCAAAAGCUUACCACUGGUCGAGCGCACCAAUGCACUAUCAAUCGAAGACUUCAUCGCCAAGUACAUGACUCCGCCUACACCAAACCCACCAACCGAAAACCAAUCAACCGUCUCAGAAGCCAACGACUCAAAUGCAAUCCAACCACCCCUCGACGUGUACUCGGCAGCGACGAUCAGCCCCACCGACCUAGAAGCCUGCCUCGACCUAAUCGAACUAACCUCCGGCGAAGCCUACACCGCUUCAGGUGGAGGCUGGUCACGGCCCGCAAAGCGCAAAGAAAUGAAACUCCCAGACAUGAAGUACCUAAUCGUGCGGGGAUCCUCAACCGACACAGCCGACGAGCCAAGCUCAUCCCGGAAUAGCGUGCUGGGGUUCUUAUCCUUUAUGUCCAACGCGACGGCGAGGGAGUUCUAUCGCAAGGGUGGGUAUGUGGUUGAUGAGUACUCUCCUAAGCCACGCAGGUUGAGGAACGGGACGGUUAAAGAGUUUGAUUAUGAGAUUUUGUCUAAGGGGUUGAAGUGA